CUAUGAAAAAAAAUGACGGAUUUAAUAAUUUUUUUAAAGAAGUCUUGAAAUAUUUAAAUAUUGUUUAAAAAUGAAAUGCAUUAUGCCUACUAUUAUAGAGGAUAAUAUUAGUCAGAGGGGUUCGAAUUUUUCUGGAGAUGAGGCUAAUUUUGAACAAAUUAUGGUUAAUAUACUUGAUGAAAGAGAUAAACUAAUGGAUUCAUUACGCGAAAAUCAAGAAAUACUUUCAGAAUUGCAAUUAAAAUACCAUGAAUUAGAAAAAGAAAAGGAUUCCUUGACUAAGCAACUAGAAGCUGACGUUCCUCAUGAUUUGAUCUCAUUGACCAAGGAACUGACUCAAACCAGGGAUGGUUUAAUGGAAAAGGAAGAAGAGAUCUCAGAAUUGAAGGCCGAAAGAAAUAAUACCAGGCUGCUCUUAGAACACUUGGAAUGUUUGGUAUCCCGUCACGAACGUUCUUUGCGAAUGACGGUGGUAAAGAGACAAGCCUCUUCUCCCUCUGGCGUUUCUUCCGAAGUCGAAGUACUUAAAGCUCUCAAAUCCUUGUUUGAACAUCAUAAGGCCCUCGAUGAAAAGGUGAGAGAAAAAUUACGGAUAGCUUUGGAAAAGGUGGUAUCUCUCGAGGAAGAACUUAACAGAGCCAAUCAGGAAAUACAUCGACUGAAGGAAAUAAAACGUGACACUAAUGGUCAUGACAAAUUAUCGGUUAUGACUUCACCCGAUGGCACCAUUUCUAUAGUCAAUUCCGAUUAUUCCAUUUUCGGGAAUAAUGUUUUAUCGAGCGAAUGCGACACUCCUACACCGAAAAACUUUUCUGAGCCAAGCACCCCCGUUUAUAAUAAAGAAACUCAAUUAGAUAGAGAUAUUCGCGACGAAGAAGAAGUAAAAACUUUGAAAGAACAAAGCGCUAUAUUCCAACGAGAAUUGAGAGAAUCAUUGGCACAAAAACACGAUCAAGAAGAAAGGAUAACCACUCUAGAAAAAAGAUACCUAAAUGCGCAACGAGAAUUGACCCAUUCCAAAGAAACAACAGAAAAACUAAAGGCCGAGUUAAUAAACAAUCAAGCUUCAUUGAAACAAACCGAAGAUCAACUCAAAGCUUUUAAGGAAAAAUUAGAAAUAUCCGAAGAUAGAUUGUCACAAUUUAUUCUUAAAGCCGAAGCCUUACCCACAAUGGAAGCAGAAUUGGCUCAAAGAUUGGAAGCACUUUCCAAAGCUCAAGAAAAACAGGGUACAUCUGAGGAUAGAAUUAAACGACUAGAAACACAAUUAGAAGAAACGAAAAUGGAACUACAGCGAGGAAGACAACGCGAGAAAAUGAAUGAAGAACACAACCAACGGCUAUCGGAAACGGUAGAUAAACUUCUCUCAGAAUCCAACGAGAGAUUGCAAUCACAACUCAAGGAGCGCAUGAAUUCGCUCGAGGAGAAAAACAACCUUUCACAUGAACUCGAUAAGUACAAACGUGUGGUCGAGGAUAUGGAGAGGGAAAAACGCAAGAUGAUCGAGGAAAUGGCUAAGAUAAGAUCCGAAUAUGAGAUAUUCAAUGCUGUCGGUGAUAAAAAUUUACUCAUGCACCCUUAUUACCAUUUCCCUAACUCAUCUUCUAACAAUAACGAAGUGUUAUAUCAACUGAAUCACGAUGAAGGCAUCAACACAUCAACGCACAUCUUGAGACGCCCAUACAAUAUUCUUAAACAAUGUGCUCUAUACAUUGGGGAUAAAGAUCAAGCCUUGCCUCAUUCAUUAAACACAAGAGAAUGCAACGAUGGGGUUAUAACUGAUCGAGUCAAUGACGCCUUUUUAGCUUUAGGAGACGCCGCUCUUUCAUUUCAAGAAAGUAGAAAAUCUAUUUAUUCUGCUAUGGAGAUUCUCUCUAGUAGCCCAAGACCUUCGUUUAACAUACGUCAGGAUAAUCUUGACGGAAAUAUACAUGCCGUACCCUUUUCACCAUCCUCAGAUCCACGGUCUUUAGCUAUUAUUCUCCAAGAACAACUUGAUGCAAUAAACAAUGAAAUCAGAUUGAUUCAAGAGGAAAAGCAGUAUUCCGAUUUAAGAGCUGAAGAUUUGGAAAGUAAAAUGAUAUACGAAAUUAUUAGCACAGAUCGGCAAAAUAUAUCACCUUCACAUGAUCACAUAUUACUCUCCUCAUCCUCUUCGCCCCCUAUCGGAAGCUCUCCUGGACUUAAUAUCCAACUAUCUACUUUAACUAAUCAAUCUUCCCUUCAACACCGUUGCAAUAGAACACUUAAAGCUAGAAUACUUAAACCAGAAAUUUCGGAAAAUGAUAUAUAUUCUACUAUAAACCCACAAGAAAAGAGAUCACCCAUAUACUAUUCAGAUCAGGGUAUACAACAAAGUGUUUACUCACAAGAGAAUCGCCAUUCCCCCCAAUCGAUGUCUAUAGAAACUAUAAAACAAUUAGAAAGUGGAAGCGGUCAAAAUUUAAUUAUGAUUGGAGCUUCUCCUUCAGCCAUCACAUCACCUUCCGCUUCUAGGGCUAGGCUUCUUAUAAUGGGAGGUGCUCCUCUAAUUAGGAAUAACAACUCCGAUAUUUCUUUAACUAACAAAUCUGAUUACCUAUCCGACGCCCUUCCUAAUCCUGAAACGUUAAAAAUUUAUAAGAAAUUCGUAAACGGCGAUAUCAAUUAUUCCAUUUGUCGAGAAAAUAACACUAGUAAUAUCAAUUCUCAACAUGAUCCUAGUAAUGUUUAUUUGAAAGCUCUACCUCCUUCAUCGACCACAAAUAGCAAGAAGAAAAGCUUAAAAGGAAGUUUAGUUAAUCGUCUGUUUGGAACUGGUAACAAUUCUUGCGCGUCUCAAAAAACUAUUACUCGUCAGGGUGCCCUAAUUUCCUCCAUAUCAUCUGCUCCUUCUAUCGUUUAUACCUCUCAUCAUUCUUUGACCUCAGCUCAUGUAACGAUGAUAACAUCUUUCACAUGUUCCACUCUACCUCGGGUCAUGAGCAUAUCCUCUAACAAAUUACUUUCAACUUCAUCCUCCUCCAUAACUAACACAAGUGGCCUUGUUCCUCCUAACCACGAUUCAUCCGUAUUUUCAGAAGAUCCAGCCAAUUCUCCUUCCUUUUCACCUUACCACCCGGCAUGCCCAGGCGAUUAUGAUAGACGCAAAAACAAAAAAUAUGAAUUAUUAGCCGAAGCUAUAAAAGCAGGAACGCCCUUUGCAUUAUGGAACGGCCCCGCUAUAGUUGCUUGGUUAGAGUUAUGGGUGGGUAUGCCGGCAUGGUACGUAGCAGCAUGUCGUGCCAACGUAAAAAGCGGAGCCGUUAUGUCGGCUCUUUCCGACGCCGAAAUUCAGCGCGAAAUCGGUAUCAGCAACCCGUUGCACCGGCUCAAACUGCGCUUGGCUAUACAGGAGAUGGUUGGUCUCACAGAUCCCACUACAGCCUUGACCCUCAAACAACCCUCUUCUUGCCAUAGUAAUCUGGCUUACGGAGAUAUGAAUCAUGAAUGGGUGGGUAAUGAAUGGUUACCUAGUUUAGGUCUUUCUCAAUACAGAACAUCAUUUAUGGAAUGUCUUGUUGAUGCAAGGAUGUUAGAACAUUUGACCAAAAAGGAUUUAAGAAAUCAGCUAAAGAUAGUUGAUUCUUUUCAUAGAACUAGUCUUCAAUACGGAAUCAUUUGUCUAAAGAAGUUAAAUUACGAUCGGACAAAAUUGGAAAAAUUAAGGAACGAAGCUAGAAACUCUCUCAUAAAUUCUAAUUGGCUUUCCGAAAACCUCAGUUCUAAUAAUACCAAAACAUCAUCACCUUUUACAAACGUCUUGGUGUGGACGAAUGAAAACAUCAUGCAAUGGAUAGCUAUGAUUGGUUUGAAAGAAUACACUCUAAAUCUUAAAGACACAGGAGUUCAUGGAACUAUUAUCGCUUUGGAUGAUAGCUUUGAUCUUAAAAGCUUAGCUCUGGCUCUUCAAAUUCCACAGAAUGCUACGGCUCGACAAAUUUUAGAAAAAGAGUUUAAUCGCUUGAUAUCAAUGUGCCCCGAGAAAAAAUACGAAAGUUUAGCGUUGAAAGAUCUUUUCCACAUUAAAAUUCAUUCUUUCACUGCAAAGAUCGUGGAUGGGCAAACAACUCUUGGAAGAUAUUAUGAUCGGCACCCAUUAUCGAGUAAUUAUACCGGCGGAGUUUCUCAUUCUUCUCCAUAUGAUCAUAUAUUACACUCUUCUGGUGUCGAAGAAGGCAAUUAUUAUCAUCAUGUCAAUCACUAUGCCAAUCAUGUUAAUUAUCCCGAACACGGCAAUCAUUCAAGUCAUAAGAUUGAAGACCGUACCAUUAAAAGUGCAUUAGCAUAUUACAAUCCGGCCUUUAGUAUGAGGGUUUCUGAAGAAAACUCCUCGGAAGAUAAUUAAUUCACGAGUAUUAGGAAUUAGUUAUCCCCUUAAAAUCCAAAAAUAACCAAAUACAUUAUUUGCUUACGAUAGCGCUUAUAUUUAAAUUUUACUAUUUUUAAACACAUAUAAUACAAAAGAUCCCUAUUUUUUAUCGGGAUGAAUACUAGAUAUGAUAAUUAUAUAUUUUUCAUUUUAUCGUGCUCUAAAAUUUUCGAUUAAUUUUACAAUAAUUAAUUAUCUUUAUCAUAUUUUCUAAUUAUAUAAUUGUAUAUUAUUUGGCUUUCAAUCACCGACCUAGCACACUCUUGGUUAUAAAUUUUGGAUUAUAAUUUUAUUCUUUGCAAGUGACAUAUUAAAUAAAUAAACUGUUUUAUAAUCUUAUAUAAAUCUUUAAAUUUUAGCGUAUUGUCUUUUAUGUAUAACUUUUUAUAAUUUAUAUGAAAUCAUACACGUGUUGUUAUGUUACUGUAAUAUUUAUAUUUUUUGUUAAUUUUUUUUUAUGGCUGUACAUAAUUUCACAAAAUCGUGUUAUAAUCAAUUUUUUGAACCUUUUGUGCCAGUUUUAUAUAAUGUAUACACACUCAUUGAUUUUUUACGACCCUUAUUUAUUUUUGUAU